AUAAUGACAUAGUUGUGUUUGUGUUACUGAGCACCUGAUCGUUUCACUGACUGAGAGGAAACCUUUGGGCCACUGUGGACUCCCACCACCACCGCCACCACCACCAGACUUGACAGAGUGGAAUUUCCCCUCCUCUUCCCUGGCUGGAGCCGGGGGCAGAUGGUCGCUCCGAGAGUUUAAGCAGAACUCAGGAAGGAGAGUGAGAGGAAGGGUGGGAGGAGGUUCGGAGAGGGAGAGGAAGACAAGCGAGGAGUAGACAGAAGAGGAAUCAUGCUUCGCUACGGUUCAGGACGAACUGUUUCCACCAUCACCACAACAGAGGACUCUCCAGAGUCUUCAAGUGAGAGGAGGAUCAGACGUCUCAGGUUAACUCUACAUGCAGGAGAUCAUGGAAACAAGGAGCAACAAACUGCAAACUCAGACACAGCUGAGAAAGAGAAGGAUGUCAAUGGGGCAUGGAAGAAGAAGAAUGGGCUGAUCCAAAGAGAGAGGCCAGCUGGCAGGGAGUCACCUCAUCAGCACCCCAGAGACAUGACCAAUGGGGCGCCAGAGACCUCGCUGCAGCAACAUGGGCCCAAAGUGUACGGCGUUGUGCAGAGGAUGAGCUCGGACAGACAGCAGGAGGUGAUGGCACGUGAGUGGACGGUCAAUCACCUUCAGGAUGAGAUGAAGUACAUCAAGGAGGUGAGAGAUUCUUUGGAAAAGGUGAGAGAGCGUAUGUACGGGCAGUUUGGAGGAAUGCAGCAAUCAAUGCAGAAGCUUUCACAGGAAAUCAGGGCUGCCAAUUCAAAUCGGAGGAGUCUGGAGUCGGAGGUGAAGAUCCGGACGUCAGCCAUGGAGAGUUUCGAUCAGAUGAACAGCUCCCUUAUAUCUGCUAACAUCAGCCUGCAGAAAUCCCUCUUGGAGAACUGUCAGAACAGAAUGGACAGGAGAGAUGAGUUGAAGAGUUUGCGGAGCACCUGUGAGAAAACACAAGAAAAACUCAGAGACAAGGAGAGGGAGCUGGCUGCCGCACAGGCUGAAAACCAGACUUUGAGGCUACAGGUGGAGUCUUCUCGGGAGGCCAACACUCAAGCGCUGCAGGAGCUCUCUGCAAAGCUGCAACAGGAGUACGAGGAAAAGUUGCUAGAGGAACAACGGAAACACAGGGAGGAGAUUGAAAACCUACAGGCCCAACUCGAUGAGUACAUCAGGCGACUAGAGGAAGCAGAGAGUAACAUCAGGAUUGCCGAGGCCAAGAUUGCUGAGCGGGACCAGAGGAUUAUUGAAGUGGAGCGUCUACUGGACUGUAUGGACAAGGAAAAGAGUCAACUCCAAAAGAAGCUGCAGGACAGUGAACAGCGUCUCCACAUGAUGGCGCGGACAGACCAAACUGAUGCAACUGUAGCCAAAAGGUCCAAAGAGCUGCAAUCUCAAACUGUGGAUCUUCGUGAGAGGAUCAAACACUUGAACGACAUGGUGUUCUGCCAGCAGAGAAAAGUCAAAGGAAUGAUUGAGGAGGUUGAAUCACUGCGAGCUCAAGUCGCUCAGAAGGAUAUGUUCAUCUCGGAGCUUCUGGACAGAAUUGCAAUAGUGGAGUGCGAGAAUAAUGAAUUAGACGACAAGCUGAAGUAUUUUAUGUCCACACAGAAUAGGCCGAGAGAAUUUCUGGAAAUCAGGGAGAUAGGAGUAGGCUGUGAUCUGCUCCACAGACAUGAAGCACAGAGGCAUGAUGUUGAACCUCCUGUUCAACGUGAACCAACUCAUCGCCAUCCCAUACAACAUCUGCCACCUUUUCAUCCUCCAUCACCACUGAAACUUCCACCAAUCACUGAACCUACAUCUCCCACUGAACUUCCAUCUCCCACUGAACCACCAUCUCCCACUGAACCACCAUCUCCCACUGAACCUCCAUCACCCACUGAACCUCCAUCACCCACUGAGCCUCCAUCACCCACACAACCUCCAUCCCCUCCCAGUCAACAUCCAUUCCUCUACCUAACAAGACCCACCCAACCAAGGACGUUCCAUUCUAAUAACCUUCCACCCAGCAGGCUGGAGUCCAGUUUACUGAGGUACACUCCUAUCCAGUACACCCGCUUCCUGCAGUCCAGCCCCUUACCGAGCGGGACAUUCCCCUAUACCCAUCCGUCUGAAUCGGAGCCUGCAGACCGGUCCGGCAGAGAUGAGGUGGAUGCAGAAACAAACACACGAUCAAGUCCAGAGGAAUCCACUUCAUCCCUGUCCUCUUCUCAACCAAGAUCAAGAGCCCCGCAAGUUUUUACACCUUUCAUGAAACAUGGAAGUAACAGCAAAGAUAAACAUAGAGAGAUCUUAAAGUAAUAGUUUGACAUUUUGGGAAAUACAGGUUCUUGUCAACAGUUUGAUGGGGUGUUCAAUACCACUCUAGUUUUACAUUCUGCAGAUGGUUAGCUUAGCUUAGCAUAGCAUAAAGACUGAAAACAGAGGGAAACAAUUAACCUGCAGGCUAACUCUAAAACUCACAAAUUAACAUGUUAUAUAUUAUGUGUUGAAUUUGUAUAAAAAAUCCGAAGUGUAAAAACAACAGUUUGCUGUUUUAUGGUGAGUUGUGCCUUUUUCUUGCUGGAGAGCAGUAACUUCCUGGACAACUGGUCACAGCCAAAGUCUGGUACAUAAUCCCCUGUAAAAUGGCGAAUUGUUGUUUAUACACUUCAUUUUUACACAUCAAAAAAACAUGAUAAGUCUUAAUUAGUGAAGCUUUCAGCAGCUGGUAGGAGGAUUUUGUUACCUGUGGGGUGAGCUAGGCUAGCUGUUUCCCCCAGUUCUAGUUUAAGCUGGCUGUAACUACAUAUUUAGAGGACAGACAUGAGAAUCAGUUUUCUCAUCUGACUAUCUGCUAGAAAACAAAAAAGCAUUCUUUAGUUUAGUUUCUUUAGUUAGUAUUUACCACACAUAUCCUCUCUAAGCAUAAUUACUUAUGUACGAAGUUUUUGUCUUUGGUGUUAUUUUCACUGCUGAUUAUCUUUUUAAAAAUAACCAUAUGUAAGAUCCCCGUUUUAAACAGUCAAAAAAAUAAGACAAACAACAUGAUUCUGGUUGAUGAUGUAAAAAAGUGUUAUGUAGGUUGUCUGUUUGCACAGAACACUGGUAGUAAUAAUAAAAAUGUUUGCUGUAGGGUGUAAAUAAUCUGAUGCUCUGUAAAAAUAUUCUGUAAAUAAUGUACUGAAGGAUUUAAGAUCUUGUUGUUUUUUUGUUUACAGUAGGCCUAAAUGUAGCCCACUUAUGUUACUCAUGGAGCUAUGAGCAUCCAGUCCUAUGAAGGUUUAUCAGUUAUUGUGUGUAUUUUCCUAUUAUUUUAUAUUGACUCUGUACAAAUUCAAUGAAUAUUAUUUUGCUAUUGUCCCAUUAUGUAAAGAAAACUAUUUAUUAACAUGCUUUGUGCCUUUGUGAACAGCUUGCUAUCUGAUACUGGUGGUGGGAAUGAAUCUCUUUAAAUUGGCAACAGGGUAAUGUCAUUAUAUAAUAUAAAGUAAUUUUCUGUGUUAAUUAUAAAACUGUUAAAUCACUUUAAAGAUACUGACCUUAUUGAGGUGACUGCCAUUCCUGAGCCACAGGCACAAGUAUUAUCCAGCUGUUGUCUGCACUGCCAUAACUGUGUUUGAAAAAGCUUUAUGAUGUGCCUUUACCUUAAUGAUACAUAUCAUACUGCGACUAAUGAUG